AGCUCAAGACGUUUCGUAGGCGAUCGCGAUUUGUUCUCUGGCGAUCACGUGUUGUAUCGGGUACAAAUUUCUCCACUGCAACCAAGAUGGCCGAGCAGCAACAGUUUGAGCAGGAGCCGGUCUACGAGGAGCAGCCGCGUACUACAUGUUUCAUGCUGAUGAAAUGGGGGUUGGAAUAUGCAUAUGGAUUUGUUUGAUGAGAGCCAAUGUUUGUCUACGUCAUUCCUUUCGCAAUAAAAAAAUUCUUAUUCGCAAUAAAGACGUCAUAGAUGAAAUUUUCACAAAAACAGCUGCUCAACAAAUGGGUUUCGGAUUGCAGAUGCCCCAGAUCGGAUUCCAGCCGCUUUUCCAGUCCCAGUUCACAGCCCAACAAGAGUAUUUGAUUUGUCCUAACUUCAACCUAUUUCAAUUUCUACCUCUUGAUUGACAACGUGAACUUUGCAGCAUAGCAAUUUGACGUCGAUAUUAAACAUGAUAUGAUUUGUCAUCCCUGUCCAUCUGCCAUAGAUGACAAGCAUGAUAAAAAUAUACGACCCAGGGUUCCGCAGCUCGGGUCAUUUGCGAUGCAGCAGCCAAUGAACUUCGCCUUCUAUGCGGAGCCCGCGGCCAGUACGCUUUUUUUCCACACAUGCUUCAUUUGCAGUUGUACUUCAUUGUCACACACUUAGGUUAGUACUCACGCUUUAAGGUUGAUAAGUAGUACGAAACGUGCGUCAAAAGCACUUUGUUCCAUCCAUGACGGAAAAAACUACAUGCAGCCCCAAGCAGUGACGUGGUGGGUUCCCCCUUUUACUCGGGCAUCGGCAAAAAGAAGGAAAGUUCUAAGUGGUGCCUGUGCUUCAAGUAAUUUAGAGGAAUCGCCGUAGAGCGGGUGCGGAUAUGGUGCGGCAAAGAAGAUGUUCCAAUCCUUGCAUUCGUUGUGGAGAAGGAGAAGCGCUUCACUGAGUUUCAAGUCAUUUUUUGGGGAUUAGAAGCCUCAGGGAAUAAAUAGCAGUCAAGAUGAAAGGCGCAGCGCCCACAUUUUCACGGCAAAGUUGUUGAAGCCUAGAAAGAACAAGGGCUUCUGACUGAAGAGUACCAUCCUGCCGUAGUAUCAAGAUAGUCUGUCAAAUAGAAUUUUGGCGAAGAUUUACAUAGCAAGAACUGUUGAUGAGGUACCAGCUCGUUGAGGUCUCUGCGCAU